AUGUACAACGAAGCACAUAGAGUUCUACUAACAUAUAUAAGAUCUAUCAAAUCUAUUAGUCAACAAGAUCUUCUUGACGCGUUCGUGUUGAUUUGUCAAAAAUUACCAAAUGUUGAAAAUCAACAACCAACAUUAAAUUUAUUAAAUCAAUAUAUAUCAGAUAUUAAUUUAGAAAUUUCACAACAAGGUUUUAAAAUAGAGAGAAAAAAUGAUGAAAUUGAUGGGAUUUUAUAUUAUAUUUUUAUAAAUACAAUAGUGGAUGAUUUAAUGAAAGAAAAUACAGCUUAUAAUAUUUCAGAAUUAAUUUCAAUAAAAUCAAUAAUUGAAGAAAUUAUUGAAUCAUCAACUGAUAAUUUUUUAUUUAGUGCAAAUAAAAGUACAAUUUUACAAUUAAUUUCAAAUCAUUCAAAAAAAUCAACUGCUGAUUCUGAUUUAUUUUUAAUGAAAUUAGUUGAUGAUGGUUGGUUUCAAAUUACUUUUAAUGAUGAUGUAAUAUUAUCAAUUAGAGGAUUAUGUGAAUUAAAACAAUAUCUUAUUGAUGGAUUUGGUUAUUUACAAGAUGGUGGGAAAUUGUUAAAUUGUAAAUUAUGUAAUGAAUUUGUUACAAUGGGUUUUUUCAAUCCCGAGACAGAAGAAGCGUUUCAUAAGAAAUGUUAUGAAGUUUAUUGUAGAAAUAAUGACUUACCAAAUCAUCAUUCAAGUUUAAAAAGAGUUGGUCCAGAUCCUUCAUCUUUAUAA